GUCUCCCCUGUCGCUCACUUGAUUUUGCUGUCUCGCCCGGCUACCUGUACCGCAUGUCCAAAAAUUACAACACGUGUUUCUUUGCUCCUUGUGGAAAUAAUACAGUUAUCAAAAUAUUUUCCACGAAUUUCUUGAAGUAAAUAAGUAAUCUCGGUAACGACGAUUAUUAAUUAGCGCUUUAAAAUAGUUUCUUCCAUUGAGUUUAUAUUAACAACGAGCCAAAAUGACUGAAGCAAAGGAAGUCGCAGUUUCCAAUGGACAGGAAAAUAAGGAACAACAUUCUGUUCCCCCAGAAGAAUUGGAAGGCGCUAUCAUUCGCCAAGUGGAAUAUUAUUUCGGUGACGUCAACCUUCCCCGCGAUAAAUUCUUACGGGAGCAGGUUAAGUUGGACGAAGGAUGGGUGCCCCUCGACAUCCUCACACGAUUCAACCGCCUUGCCAGACUCACAACUGAUACAGAAGUUAUUGCUAAAGCAUUAAACAAUUCUACUUCAGGGUUAUUAGAGGUCUCAGAAGACAACAAGAAGGUACGAAGACAUCCAGAGUUGGCUAUUCCAGAGAUGAAUGAGGAACGUCGUAAGGAACUCGUCGGCCGAACAGUCUAUGCCAAAGGAUUCCCGAAACACUCCACCUUGGACGAGUUGAUAGAAUUCUUUAAACAAUAUGAAACAGCCGAGAACAUUCUAAUGAGAAGAUAUCUCGACAAAAAUACUAAGAAGAGGCAGUUCAAGGGAUCCAUUUUUGUCACAUUUAAGACCAAAGAACAGGCAGAGAAAUUUCUGGCAACCCCAGAUGUGAAAUACGGAGACACAACGUUACUUCUGAAAUGGCAAGAUGAAUACCUCGCUAUGAAACAGGAGGAGUAUACCGCUAGAAAAGAGGAGAAAGAGAAGAAACAUAAAGAUAGAGAGGCUGCGAACAAAUCAGAGAAGGAUGAACUGAAGCUGCCAUCUGGUACGGUUCUGCACUUCACCGCAGAGGGAGACAGCAAGAUGAAGAGGGAAGAUGUGAAGAAUGCCCUUGUGGAAAUUGGCGCUGAAGUCGCGUACAUUGACUUCAACGUAGGCGACACGGAAGGCUGGGUCAGACUGUCGAAGGAGGACUCUGCUAAAGGCAUUUUUGACAAAAUCACUGACGGAAAACUGAAGAUUGUAGACAAAGACGUACCAUUCAAACUUAUCGAAGGUGACGAAGAAAGGGCGUACUUGAAUAAGAGUGCUGAAGAAAUGGUGAAACGUCGCAAGAAUCAGAAGAACUUCUCCAAGCAAAAACGGGGUAAUUUCAAAGGGAAACAAAAUAAUAGAAAACGAAAGGGCGGUCAGAAUGAGGACGGACCACCAGCCAAAGUUAAUGCCGCUGAAAGUUAGUUGUUGUGUUAAGUUUUAAGAAAAUUUUAUGUAGCAGUUACCUAUAAAUAGGCGCGACUAUGUGAUUGUGUUGUACAGUGCGGUUUAAACAUGCUGUUGCAAGUUUCAUCUUUUGAUUGAAUUAGAUUUGUGUUUGAAUAAUAUCUUUCAACACUUGACAAAGAAUGUUUUCAAAGUUGUCGAAUUAAACUUUCCAGUGGACGAUCACUUAAAUUGGUACCUAAGAACUUGUAAUUGGCUGAUUUGACAAUUUUCUUAAGAAAAAAAAACAGUAUUUUUUUACUUCAGCAUUGCAGACUUUUUUUGUACACACAAACCACAGCAGUUUAAAGUUAACUCUACUAGAAAUUAAGGUUUCGAAAACUUGUCUUUUCUUUUAAUCAAUAUUGGAUUAGGCAUGUCGGCCAUCUCACCUGAUGGUGACAAUGUAGACAAUGACUAAACACGUGUUAAAAUUUAUAAUAGGUACAACAGUUUUGACAUACAAAUGUUUGUCUUAUUUCCACUGUGAAAUGUAAAAUAAUUAUGCCUAAAUAUCCAAAGGUUUUGUCGAAUACUUCUAGAUAUGUGCGUAGAAAUUGCAAGCAAUGUAUUUAUUUUCUAUUGUAGCUUGUUCAUAUAUUUUCCAUCCUUAAUGCUUUUGGAUAUUCGGGCGUAGUUAAGUUUGCCUGUAAGUUUAUGCAAAUCUUUUGCAUUUUACAAGACUUUUUUUAUACUUAUUGUUAUUUGUAAGCAGUACAGUUUAUAUGCAGUUGACAUGUUUGUAAUUGUCGUUCAUCUAGUUACGGAACUGGCUUCCGACUUAUUCUAAAUAAAUUUUUAUCUCUCAUAA